AUGGAAGUCAAUCUAAAGCUUUACCAGGCAGAAGGAGAUCUUUUAAUUGACCCUUUGCUAUAUCGACAGUUGGUGGGAAGUUUAAACUAUUUAACGAUAACAAGGCCUGAUAUCUCCUUUGCAGUCCAGCAAUUGAUUGGUUUUACUAAUGCUAAUUGGGCUGGUUGCGCGGAUACUCGACGAUCAAUUACUGGUUGGUGCAUGUUUCUUGGAAAUGCACUUAUCUCAUGGAAGAGUAAAAAGCAAAAUCGUGUGUCAAAGUCUUUUACUGAGUCUGAAUAUCGAGCUAUGUCCUCUGCUUGUUCUGAGAUUGUAUGGCUUCGGGGCUUACUUGGUGAAAUUGGUUUUCCUCAGCUUAUUCCUACUCCAUUUCAUGCUGACAACACAAGCGCUAUUCAGAUUGCUGCUAAUCUGACAGCUGAAAUAUUUACCAAAGCUCUCGGACGUCCUCGACAUCAAUUUAUGGUUGACAAAUUGAUGCUCUUUGAUCAACAGCAUCAAUUUGAAGGGGGAUGA